AUGGGUGCCAAGAAAAGUAAACCCAUAAUCUCUAAGCCUCUUCAUGUUCCAAUUAGUGUAUCUAAUCCACCUUUGGAUCUUCCAAUGGUGAUCAUGUUGGAAAUUUUCUCAAGAUUGACAAUUAAGACCAUUUUCCGAUGUAAGACUGUUUGCAAACGCUGGUAUCGUCUUUUAGCUUCCGAUCCUUUAUUUCUUAACAUGUAUCACACAAGAUCUCCUAACUUUCCUUGCAUUUUAUUCAAGGAUCGUCAUGCCAACCCUUCGAUUCUUGAACUCAAAGCAGAUUAUGAUCAUUGUUCUAAUCAUGAAAGACCCAUUGUGUUGAGUCCUAAAUUUCACCUCCCUCCACUGAAAUCGAAAAUUUAUAUAAUCGGUUCAUGUAAUGGGUUCAUUUGUUUCUUGGACGGUGAAGUGCAUGAUGAAAAUCGUUCGGUUUACAUUAACAAUCCUCUUUUGGGUGAGUACUUCAAACUUAAAUUGCCUAAAUUGGAGAGACGUAUCGUUCGAUAUGUUGCUUAUGGAUUUUGCUUUAGUGAAGCCUUUGGACAGUAUAAAGUAUUGAGAUUAGUAGUUACGGCGGAAUUAGCAGAAUUAGAGGUUUAUACUCUUGGAGUUGAUAAGAUAUGGAGAAAUGUGGGCCAAGUUCUCUGUCCAAAACCUCAAUGUGAAUCAUUUGGUAAUGUUAAUGUCAAUGGUGUUAUUCAUUGGCUUGGAAAAUGUACCAGAAUUUACUCAUUUGAUAUUGGCACAGAAGAGAAGAAGCCCCUGCCAGCUCCACCUGGUUUGGAAGUUUCAUACUGGGAUUUGACGCUAGCAGAGUUGGGAAAUUAUCUCUGUUUGACCGACAAUAGCUCUUCUGAGCAUCUUGAUAUAUGGUGGAUGAAAGAGUAUGGCAUAGCUGAAUCUUGGACUAAAAAUUGCAUUUUGAAGUAUAGUAUUCAACCAGAUAUCCUUAAGGAUAGGUUUAUACCAAUCAUGAUUUGGAAAGAUGGAGAAAUCUUGAUGCGAAGAGAUGGUGGCCCACAACUAGUUUCUUAUAACCCAAAAGAAAACAAGUUUAGGAAGGUCAAAGUGUACGGUGGAUUUGCAGCUACUAGAUACAACCCAAGCUUUUACUCACUCAAGACUAUCAUCGGGGAAAGUUUUCAAGUCUCUAAUGCUUAUUCGGGGAAAGUUUUCAAGUCUCUAAUGCUUAUCCGAUGA